CAGGUUGGCAGGGUUGGCAACGUCAUCACCAUUCCUCCUCUGCCGAUUCCGACAUCCGACUGCCUUCUGUCAAUCGCAAUCAAAUUAAGAUUGUUUAGGUUAUGUGAUAAUGGGUCUCUGUAAAUGCCCCAAACGUCGAGUAACAAACCAAUUUUGUUAUGAACAUAGAGUCAAUGUGUGUGAAUACUGCAUUGUUACCAACCAUCCAAAGUGUGUUGUGCAGUCAUACUUGAGAUGGCUGCAGGACAGUGAUUAUAGCCCAACAUGCGUUUUGUGUUCCAAGGACUUGAUUAUUGAUGACUGUGUUCGGCUUACCUGUUAUCAUGUGUUCCACUGGGUAUGCCUGGACCAGUUUGCUCGCAGGAUGCCCCCCACCACGGCCCCUGCAGGCUUUACAUGUCCGUCGUGUAAGGUUUGCAUCUUCCCUCCAACCAACCUUGUGUCACAAGUGGCUGAUGUGCUCAGGGAGAAGCUCGCUGGAGUCAACUGGGCUAGAGUUGGACUUGGUUUACCCAUGUUGAGUGAAGAAGUAGAACCUGUAAUUACCAACCACUCAGAAAGCCACAACCAAAACCAUAGCCAUAAAAAUAAUCAUAUGUCUAAUGAUGAGACGGAAGAAGGUCAUCACAGCUCCAGAGAUGCAGUUGUGCAUGUGGAAGAGUCUGUCACUACCUACAGUCGCACAGAUAUCUCAGGCCAACAAUCAAGAAGAGUCUACAAAGCAGUCGAUGAAAUUCCUUCAAUUGGAUUUGAUCAUGAUGAAAAUAAAUACAAACGAAAAUCAUUUCUGGAUUGGUUCAAGAGGUGGUUAAACAGUACCAGCAGCAACAACAGGAGGUAUCAUAGUGGCACGCUCCCUGUCCGCUACUGUAAAGUUGCUAUUGGGUUAAUAGUAGUUGUCUGUGUCAUCAUUGUAUUUAUUCGUCUCGGACGCAUCACUGCAGCUGAUGAUCCUGCUCUUGACUUGUUAAAUAACCCAAAUGUUCGGGUUAGUGAAUAAUGUAUUGUAGCUUUUUUAUAAUAAUUAUAGUUAUAGGUUAUCAUAUUUGUCUAUGCACCUAUCUUUAGCUCCAAGCCACAAAAUUUAAACAAUGAUAUCUGACAUAGUAGAUUUUUUUUUUUUACUUUGAAAUAAAAACGGCAUUGGUCUUUA